AGACUUACCUCUGUACAGUAUGAGCCAAAUAGUGAAUGCAGCUGAACAAAUUACAACCAGAACUGAAUUAAUAGAGAACCUAGGCCAGAGGAGGCAAUGACAUCUGAUUCCCUCCAAAGACCUUCAUCCCACAGAGCACGUGUGUUGCAUGUGGCAAAAGGAGCUUGGUGGCUGCGUGAGGACACGCUAGAGACAAGUGUCCAUGGCAGUAGUAAGUCACCAGAAGCUGAGAGGGCUGAUUUUCCUAGAUGUGGAAAGGAACAAUUUAUGAUGGGAGCAUUAAGGAAUGACAAGCUUUCGCAAGAAGACCCUUUACUGAAUUGCAUAAACAUGGAAUUAGGCCCCAGAACCAUCAAGUCAUGUAGGAACCCAUCUAUGACUGAACCACCUGCCCUACUUCUGCAGCCACUGAAGUGUAGGGGCAUAGAGACCUGCAUACACCUGCCUGAUGUGCCCUUCUUUAGUCAUCUGCAUUUGAAAUUUUACACUGAAGUGCCCAGUAUUCAGAUCUGGACAAUGAUCACAGAGCCAGAUUGGAUUAGUGAAACCUAUUUACCAGAAGUUCAGAGCGGUUGCAUGAAGCUGAAAGGCAGUCAGGAGGAGGAGGUGGAAAAUGCACCAGAUUUACAGCUGCAGCGACGAAAAUUUAGAAGUCUUCACCACUGUGAUUUCAUCCAAAUCAAGCAGUCCUGCCCGAAGACGAGCCAAACCUACGCAGCACAUCCUAACAAAGAGUGUGGUAGCUGUAUCCGAUCAUCGGCCCCACAGGACAGAGAAGCUGCAGCCCCACCAGGGUGACCUCCUCCAGGUUCUGUACAGUGAAGACAAGGUGCGGGGCUUGGGCCACCUGCAGAGUGGGCCGCGGGGACCCUGCCCUCCCACGGGCGCUGCCCAGCACAUGGGAAUUACUGAACGAGAGUCAUCCAAGUCCUGUAAUCACCUGUUGGAUGGAAAAUCUUUGUUCCCAGCAUCGCCAGUUGCCCACAUCACAGUGAAAGCGGCCGCUGUCACAGACUCACCUGCAGGCGACAGCUCUCCGACAGACGACCACGGGCAGCGCUGGAGGAAGACAGCAGAGUAUGACCUGACCCUGCCACCAGGAGCAGAAGCUUCCCUACCAUUGACAGGAGGCAACCUGUGCGGGACACCCAGCCUCCUGAGGAAGAUGUGGAUGAAGCACAAGAAGAAGUCAGAGUACCUGGGGGCAACAAACAGUGCCUUUGAGGCAGACUGAUAAGGCUCCACGUCACUUGGAAAGACAGAAGGUCCUUUAGCCAGGACAAGGUGCUCUAGGAUCAAUGAGGGAACAGACAUAGCACAGCUCAUCCAGGAAAACAAUAUCCUUUUUAUACUUGAUGCCAUUGCCUCAGAAUGGUGGGAGGAAGGCUGACCAAGGCAAAAAUGGUGAACGCAAUGCAAUUCACUGGCCUUUCUUUGUUGUGACAUAUUAAAAUCCCAAGUAUCCCACUAGAAUUACAUCUUUACUCAAUCAGGCUGAAACUACUGCCCAUUCAACAUUUUACAUGUCCUGUCUGAAUCAGCUUGGACUCACAACAAGAAAAGCUUACCAAGAGGUUUGUGUAUUCCUGCAAGGCAAUGGAUUGAUUACAGAGUGCCAUUGAAUCCCAGGGGUUUGCUCGUUGUGUACCACUGUUUGUCCUCUUCCCUCUCUCAUAUCACGAGAUAAAAACCACCUCGUACAAUA